AUGAUGCGCGCUUCAACUUGUCCGAGAAAUCGCCGUGCUCUUCUCUCUAUCGCGCUGCUGAUCACCUGUGCUCUGCAGCAGCAGCCGGCCUCAGCUGCCAAAAAGGCGAGUAGAUCGUACGUCGUCUACCUCGGCGGCCACUCGCAUGGCCGGGCGGGCGCGGCGCUGGCGUCCUGCCGGGAGCGCGCCAGGAGCUCGCACUACGCGCUCCUGGGCUCCGUCCUGCGCAGCGAGGCCAGGGCGAGGGAUGCCAUCUUCUACUCGUACACCCGCUACAUCAACGGCUUCGCCGCGACGCUGGAGGAGGACGAGGCGGCGGAGGUCUCCAGGCAUCGGCGCGUCGUCUCGGUGUUCCCGAACCGAGGCCACCCGCUGCACACGACGCGGUCGUGGGAGUUCCUCGGGAUGGAGGAGGGUGGCCGGGUGAGGCCCAGCUCCAUCUGGGCCCAGGCGAGGUUCGGUGAGAGCGUCGUCAUCGGCAAUCUCGACACCGGGGUGUGGCCGGAGGCCGGCAGCUUCAGGGACGACGGCAUGGGCCCGGCGCCGCCCGGGUGGCGGGGAAUCUGCCAGGACCAGCAGGCCUCUGACGACGCGCAGGUUCGCUGCAACAGGAAGCUGAUCGGCGCGCGGUUCUUCAACAAGGGGUACCUGGCGACGGUCGGGCAGCAGCAGCAGCAGCAGGUGAGCCCGGCGAGCACGCGGGACACGGACGGGCACGGCACGCACACGCUGUCCACGGCGGCGGGGCAGUUCGUCCCGGGCGCCAACCUCUUCGGGUACGGCAACGGCACGGCCAAGGGCGGGGCCCCCGGGGCGCACGCCGCGGCCUACAAGGUGUGCUGGCGCCCCGUGAACGGCAGCGAGUGCUUCGACGCCGACAUCAUCGCGGCGUUCGACGCGGCCAUCCACGACGGGGUGCACGUGCUCUCUGUCUCACUGGGAGGCUCCCCCGCGGACUACUUCCGCGACGGCGUGGCCAUCGGGUCCUUCCACGCGGCCAGGCACGGCAUCACCGUCGUCUGCUCGGCCGGCAACUCGGGGCCCGCCGCCGGCACCGUGUCCAACACCGCGCCGUGGCUGCUCACCGUGGGCGCCAGCACCAUGGACAGGGAGUUCCCCGCGUACCUGGUCCUCGACAACAACAAGCGGAUCAAAGGACAAAGUCUCUCGCCAACCCGGCUUUCUGGCAACAAGCACUACCAGCUGAUCAGCUCGGAACAAGCAAAGGGAGCCAAUGCAACAGUAACGCAAGCGAAAUUGUGCAUUAAGGGAUCACUGGACAAGGCGAAGGUCAAAGGGAAGAUCGUCGUGUGCACCCGUGGGAAGAACGCGCGAGUAGAGAAAGGUGAGGCCGUUCACCGGGCUGGCGGAGCUGCCAUGGUGCUGGCGAACGAUGAGGCUAGCGGGAACGAGAUGAUUGCCGACGCACACGUUCUCCCUGCCACGCACAUCACCUAUACUGAUGGAGUCAAGCUUUUGGCCUACCUCAACUCUAAAAGGUCGGCAUCCGGGUACAUCACCGUCCCGUACACCGCGCUGGACACGAAGCCGGCACCGUUCAUGGCCGCCUUCUCGUCGCAGGGGCCCAACACCGUCACGCCUCAGAUCCUCAAGCCUGACAUCACCGCGCCCGGGGUCAGCAUCCUGGCGGCGUUCACCGGGCAGGUGGGCCCGACUGGGCUCGCCUUCGACGACCGCCGCGUCCUCUUCAACGCCGAGUCCGGUACCUCCAUGUCGUGCCCGCACGUCGCCGGCAUCGCCGGACUCCUCAAGGCCCUCCACCCUGACUGGAGCCCUGCCGCGAUCAAGUCGGCGAUCAUGACAACCGCCAGGGUGCGGGACAACAUGAGGAAGCCGAUGAGCAACUCGUCCUUCCUCCGCGCGACGCCGUUCGGCUACGGCGCGGGCCACGUGCAGCCCAACCGCGCCGCGGACCCGGGCCUCGUCUACGACGCCAACGCCACGGACUACCUCGGCUUCCUCUGUGCGCUGGGCUACAACUCCUCGGUGAUCGCCACGUUCAUGGCCGGCGCCGGCGACGGCCACGCGGCGCACGCCUGCCCGGCCCGGGCCCCGAGGCCGGAGGACCUCAACUACCCGUCGGUCGCGGUGCCGCAUCUGUCCCCCACCGGCGCCGCGCACACCGUCACGAGAAGGGUGAGGAACGUCGGCCCCGGCGCCGCCGCGUACGACGCGAGGGUCCACGAGCCGCGUGGCGUGGCGGUGGACGUGCGGCCGAGGCGGCUCGAGUUCGCCGCGGCGGGGGAGGAGAAGCAGUUCACCGUCACGUUCAGGGCCAGGGAAGGGUUCUUCCUGCCGGGGGAGUACGUGUUCGGGCGGCUGGUGUGGUCGGACGGACGCGGCAGGCACCGCGUGAGGAGCCCCCUGGUGGUGAGGGUCGUGGACAGCAAGAAGAAGCCCAUUUCCACAGCUUGA